CUCAGUCGGCCGCAGCCGAUUCCGAUCAGGUCCCUACGGCACUUCUGCAAGGAUAAUUUCGAUGUGAACAUGCAUAACACUUUACCAAUGCUUCUGUUUCUGGCCGGCAGACUAUCGGAUGCCGUUCCAGCCGCACCCAGAAAGAUCUACAUUGGCCUCAUCCUGCCAAACGACACCACGCAGGCUCCUUUGCGCUUCGUCAUGCCAGCAAUGUACGUUGCAGUGGACGACAUCCUGGCCAAGUACAACCUGAAAGCCGUCCUGUCCACUGCCCUCAACGUUACCUAUCCCUGCAGUGACACCGGGUCCCUGUCGCGGGGUGAAGCCUUUGUCAAGUCUUUUAAUUACUUUUACAUGCCUCCCUUCGGUGGUACCCAAAAUGGGCCCUGGGCCACAUCGGCAAUCCUUGGGCCAUACUGCUCCGACAAACUCUUAGCCACCAUCAUCGCCUCUACCGCCUUUAAUAUAUCGCAGUUCACGGGCGGUGGCACGGAUAUUUCCGAUAUCAGCCCAUAUCCGUAUUUGUGUCGGACGGGUUACAACAAGUAUCAGCAGUUUGUCGUCUUCCAGGACCUAUGUCGCCGGCAGCAAUGGUACAAUGUAUCCGUUAUUUAUGAUGUGAAUGAUGCCGAUCGGGUUGGCGAUUAUACAAAUUACCACGAACUUGACCUGGACAAGAGUGACCUCUCUGUCACUUAUUUCCCCGUGAAUAUUGUCAACAACUCGCAAAUUUCGUCCACACUAACUGAGGCGUCCGGGCAUGCUAGAAUUUUCGGAUUAUUCAUGAAUAACACAUUACUGCGACCCUUCAUGCUGGCGGCGGCCAAUUUAAGCAUGACGAGCGGCGACUACGUCUUCUUCACAAUAGACAAGUACGGCGACGAUGCUUUGGGACCCAAAACCGGCUGGUACCGAUCAGAUGAUACGAAUAGUUCCAAUAACGCCGCUAAAACCGCCUACUCGUUCCUGCUGGUUUCCGGCGUCACUGAUAAAAGCCAGAACCCCGUGUACCAAGCCUCUCUCGCCAAGUUCCGCGCUAAAGCCUUCUCGACAAAGUUUAAUUAUACAUCUUACACCAUGAACUACUUUGCAUUGAGCUUCUACAAUGCCUUGAUGUUGAUUGGCUACACCAUGAACCUAUCGCAGCCAAAGGAUUUGCAGAUGAACUAUGAUCCCGGCCCACUGAUGAAGAACGUUGCCGGGAAAGUCUUCAACGAUGGCGCGGCUGGACCGAUCUACAUCACCAAUGGCAAGGAUCUUCGUGAGGACUACACGCUUUCCGCCAUGACCGAUGUUGGCAACGGGACAUUCACCCCCAUUAUGUCUUAUUUCGGUUUGAAUGACACCGUUUCCGACAUUCUGCCAACAUACCAAUGGCCUGAUGCCGACGGAACAUUUCCGCCAAAUGAGCCUAAAUGUGGUUUUAAAGGAACAGCAGAAGUUUGUCAAGCGAAGACACCAAUCACAGAGAUCGUGGUGGGCAUUGUUCUCUUUUUGGCGCUCCUCUCCGUUUUACUGGCUUUCUACCUCUACCGAAAACAUCAAGAACAAGUUCGCCUGGACAAAGCCUGGAUCGCCCUGUGGUCCGACCUGAAGGUUAUGCGUCCCGACGACGGCAUCCCUUCGGCUGCGCUCAUCACCCAGAAACGGCAGUCGAUACGAGCGCGCCGGGAAUCCCGCCGCAACUCCUUGGAGGAGGCGGCUGGGGCCAGUAUGGGCGCCAGCAUGGGUGAGGGCCAAUCCAUGUCCAUGCUGGCCGUGUCUCCAACACGGGGACUAUGGAAGAAACAGCCCGUUAGUGUCCGCUGGAUGAAGAAACGCCGGAUGCGAAUGUGUGACGGGCUGGUGCAGGAAGUGCGCAGCAUAACGAAGGUGCGCAAUGAGAAUAUUGCGCAUUUUAUGGGGGCGUGCCUGGAGACAGGACGGAUAUUAUUACUGUACGAACUGUGCUCCAGAGGAAGUUUAGAGGAGACCAUCAAUAGCCCCACGGCCAAACUGGAAUGGCCGCUGCGUUUCUCCUUCAUCAAUGACAUCGUGCGCGGUAUGUACUUCAUCCAUACGUCCGCCCUUAAAGUGCAUGGUCGCCUGUUCUCCGGUUGUUGUCUGAUUGAUUCCCGCUUCACGAUGAAGAUCAGCGAUGUGGGACUGAGUUCCUUUUUUGAUCUGAACAUUGCCGAGUACUGGCUACAGAAACGACGCACCGAUUUCUACUACACCCAACUGUGGACGGCGCCCGAGAUUAUCCGCGAACAGGAGACCAAUCCCGAGGAGGUCACCCGCUCCAGCAGUAAGGAGGCGGAUACGUACAGCUUUAGCAUUAUUCUGCAGGAAAUCAUCAUGCGGAUGCGACCGUACGGAAUGUACGAUCUGCCGGCGCAGAAAAUCUACAACUCCAUUAAACAACAUGCCACCCCGGGCGGUAAGCCAUUUCGGCCGCUGAUCGACGAGUCUAUGUGCCAUAUUGACCUGAUUACGCUGUGUGAGCGCUGCUGGAGUGAAAUUGCCACCGAACGACCCACCUUCAGCCAAAUCCGUGUGGUGAUGAAAGAUGUCGUCAAGAACCUUGGAAUGGGUGAUAGGCUGAAUAUCCUGGAAGCCCUUUUGCAGCAGAUGGAAGAACAUACGCUCAGUCUCCAAGCUAUGAUUGAGGAAAAGGAUAUGUUGGUGAUGGAACAGAAGGCCCGUGCUGAAAAACUCCUCUUCAGUAAUCUUCCACCGUUGAUGACCGCGGCACUGCUGCGGGGGGAGAAAGUGGAACCGAAUUACCUGGAUGUGUGCUCUGUAUUGGUGGUUGAUGUGAUAAACUUCAACAGCGUCAUGGAACGUAGUAGUGCGGAUGAGACGGCCAAUUUCCUGGGAGCGCUGCAUACGUUUUACGCGUCAGCCGCUACGAGAUUCGACUGCUUCCUGCUGGAAUCUCUUACGCAGCGCGUAACGGCCGCUUCCGGGUUGCCUAUUCGCAACGGCAUCCUGCACGCCCGAGAACUGGGUCGUUUGGCGCUGACGUUACUGUUCCAGGCUAAAGAGUUCCCCGUUCCUCAUAUGCCGAAAGAAGGCAUUCAGGUGCGAUUCGGCAUCCAUUCCGGUCCCAUCGUGUUCGGUAUUGUGGGCAAGCAUGUGCCGCGGUUCUGCUUGUUUGGGGAGACCCUCAACAUCGCCACACGGAUGAUGACCGUUGAAGAAGCAUACAAAGUGCGAAUAAGCGCUGCAACUCGUAACAUCAUCGAAGCCUUUGGUAGCUUUCGCGCCUUUGACAGUGAUGAGAUCUAUGUGAAAGGUCAUGGCAAAAUGAAGACGUAUAUCUUGGUUGGAGAGGAUGGUAACAUUGAACUGAUGGAACUGCAGCGGAAGUUCUACGGUGGUGACGAGGAACCGGGUGGCAAACGCAAAUCGCGGUUAACCUAGUUGAAAGUUCUACGGCUAUAAUUAUUGUUUGAAUAUUGAAGAAUAUUUUUGGUC